CAAUUUCCGGGACCAACUAUAUAUGCUAAGAAAGGAGAGACGAUCAUUGUCGACGUUUAUAACAAAGGAAAAGAAAACAUCACCAUUCACUGGCAUGGGGUGAGCAUGCCUAGAUAUCCAUGGACAGAUGGCCCCGAGUUCAUACCAACUAGUUUUAACGUAUACUUGUGGAACAUCCUUGCAAUGUCCCAUUGAGCCCGAGCACUAAACUGAUUUACACUGUUGGUAUGAACUCGUACCUAUGCCCCAAUAAUUCAUGUGCAGGGCCUAAUGGGACGCGGUUCUCCGCAAGUAUAAACAACAUAAGCUUCCAAUUCCCUACAAUUGACAUACUGCAAGCUUACUAUUAUAACAUUAGUGGUGUAUAUGGAGAUAAAUUUCCUAGUGUUCCAGAACUGGUGUUCGAUUUUACCACUGAUAUUAUUCCCUUAGAGUAUCAGACGCCGAAAAACGGAACAGAAGUAAGGGUGCUUGAGUAUAACUCCACAGUGGAGAUUGUUUUUCAAGGGACAAACUUGAUUGCAAGGACACACCACCCCAUGCAUCUCCAUGGAUAUAGUUUCUAUGUUGUUGGAUGGGGAUUUGGGAAUUUCGAUAAAAAUAAGGACCCAUUGCGCUACAAUCUGGUGGAUCCUCCCCUUCAGAGUACCAUCUCUGUUCCUACGAAAGGUUGGGCUGCAAUCAGAUUCGAGGCAUCCAACCCUGGAGUGUGGUUCAUGCACUGCCAUGUAGAACGCCAUCAGACUUGGGGCAUGGACACUGUGUUCAUAGUGAAAAAUGGUAAACACCCAGAAGGUCAAGUGCUGCCUCCGCCAUCCGACAUGCCACCAUGUUGAAGCUGCAAAGAAUUACCAUGCCAAAGAUUUCAUUGAAUGUUUGCAUUAUUAAGCUCUCUGUUUAAAAAAUCGUCGACUAAGUAUUCCUCUUGUAUUAAAAUAACAAGAAUAAUGUAAAGUUGUAGAAUAUUGUGUCUGGGAUUAUUAUAUAAUUUAUCAAUUUCUUGGAUUGUUAAAAGUCUAUAAA